AUGGCGGCAGAGGAAAACUUCGAGACGUUCGACGAAGAAGACAACGCUGAAACCACUCUCGCGUUUAGCAGCGCGGGCGGAAGGAAACGCUUGUUCAGCAAGGAGCUGCGAUGCAUGAUGUUCGGGUUCGGAGACGACCAGAACCCCUACACCGAGAGCGUGGACAUCAUCGAGGACCUGGUCAUCGAGUUCAUAACCGAAAUGACGCACAAAUCGAUGGAGAUUGGCAGAACGGGCAGGGUGCAAGUGGAGGAUAUCGUGUUUUUGGUGAGAAAGGACGCCAGAAAAUACUCCAGAGUUAAGGAUUUAUUAACAAUGAACGAGGAGCUGAAGAGGGCUCGCAAAGCCUUCGACGAAAUUAAGUUUGCCGGCAAAGAGGCUGUACCGAGCUAA